AUGUUGGCCGCCGCCAUUACUAUUAUUGUUUUGGCCCCACGUUGCCCGUAUAAACCUGAUUUAAAAUGGUACAACAAGGAUCCUGGCUACAAGAUCUAUGUUCAAUCUUUUAAAGAUUCUGAUGGCGAUGGCGUCGGUGAUUUGAAUGGAUUAAAGUCUAAGAUUGACUAUUUAGUGGGUUUGGGUGUAAAAUCUAUCUGGUUGAAUUCUAUUUUUAAAUCUGAUAAUGUGGAUGGAAGCAAUGGCGUUGUGGACUAUAAGGACAUUGAUCCACAACUAGGUACAAUUGAAGACUUACAAAGCUUGACAAAGGCCAUGUUCAACAAGGAUCUGCAUCUGAUCCUUGAUUUCAUUCCCAAUCAUACCAGUCGGAAUCAUACCUGGUUCCAGAAGAGUCAGAGAGGGGAAAUUGGGUUUGAAGAUUAUUACGUUUGGGCUGAUAAAGACAAUGGUUGGAAAAAUGAUGGUGGUGGAAGUUUAUGGCAGCUGGAUACAGUACGUAAUAAAUACUACCUACAUCAGACGGCCACCGAGUUCCCAGAUCUCAACCUGAAAAAUGAAGCUGUACAGAAGGAAAUGACGGAAAUCUUGAAAUUCUGGGUCUCGAAAGGAGUUUAUGGCUUCCAUGUAGUAGGAACUCAAUAUCUGACAGAAAACGCAAACUUCAGUACCCAAAAUGGCAAAGACGAAUACAUCAACUAUAAGGAUAAUUUGGAGGUCAUCAGCCAAUGGAGAGGUGUCUUAGAUUCUCUGUCUAACAAACCAGGCCGUGAAAAGGUUCUUAUGACCUCUUUACCAGCCACGUUAGACAAGAACACAACUAUGAAUUAUUUUGGAGAUGGUGAACAGAAGGGAUUCCACAUGGUUGCCAGCCGAGUUUUUGCUGAGUUAGAUCAAACCUGUGAUGCUUUGUGUCUUGAUAGAAAGAUAGAACAGGAGGGUGGGGAUAUUUCACAAUGGAGAGGAUGGGUGUUUGGAGAUGAAGAGACAGCUAGACCUGCGACAAGAUUCCCUGGUAAACUGGGUAGAUUGAUGAGAACAGUACAGAUGUUCUUACAAGGUACCAGCUUUAUCUAUUAUGGUGAUGAACUACCAAUGGAGGAUGGAGAGAACAGUGCCAGUCCACCAAUAGAUGUCUAUAGAUCAACCACUGGAGGAACUAUUCGAGAUAUAUUCCGGACACCAAUGCAGUGGGAUACAACUGAGAAUGCUGGUUUUACUGAGGGAACACCAUAUAUACCACUGUCUGCUGAUUAUCAAACCAACAAUGUUAAAGUAACCCAUGAGUUUGUAUCAACGUUCAGUUUUCUAGACUUAGUUCGUGAUUUGAUUGCUUUAAGAACCAAUGAAUCUAUUCAGUUUGGAGGACUACAGUCUCAAGUAGAAGAUAAUGUUUUGUUUGUAUACACAAAAGCUGAAGGAUUCCCCGCCUAUCUGCUGGUAGCCAACUUUGAUUCCAUGAAACACAGUGUACCUCUGUAUGCUGGGGAAGGAGCCAUGGCGCCUAAACUAGUAUCUAGUGCCUUUAGCACCGAGGAAAAAGCCAGCGGCAAAAUCAUAAACGUUGAUGGUAAACUUGUUACUAUCAAUGCGCAAACUGCCCGAGUUUUUAAAUUCAUUGAAUAA